GUGCGGGUUUGAAAUUAUCGAGGACGUCUGGGAUUAUGGGUUAGUGGAUUUGGAUUGUUGGUUUGGAUUGCACUGGAAUGGUUUGAAGGGCAAUGGAGGCAAAGGAUAGUGAUGUAGAAUGUGUGCGUGCGCUUGGUAUCAACCCACCGUCUAACUCGUCGAAAUCGGAGUCGUCAUCGUCGUCGUCAUCUUGCGCAGCAGCCGGACUAGGUUGUUUUUGGGCUUGCGAUGGCUUGGGAUCUGCAGAUGUCGAGGGAGUGCUCGUAUUCGCAUUUUCCGUAGUGUUCUUCUCCGCUGUGGUCGAUGUCUGUUCGGCGGGGGUUUCCUCACGGGGAUCGACCGCGGGGGGCGCCGACGAGGAGGCCAUGCUAUCCGACUGGUUGAGGAAAGGGUCGAAGCACCGAUAGCAGAUGCAAAGAGAAGGAUGUGAUGCGAGGAUAAAGAGGAGGAGACAGGGUGUCAGAGACGGCGCUGGGAUGGAACGAAUGCACUCGUUCUACGGAGAAUUGCAUGUGAAGCGAACUGGAGGAGCGGAAGCAUGACUAAGCCUGGGCGGA